UGGGGGAAGAGAAGCUCGGGCAGCCGCUGAGCUCUGCCGCUUCUAACUGCUAAUAAACAGUCCUUAUUGAUCAGUAAUUACCCUGAUCAACGUAAUAACACUCAGAAACCGGCUCCGUCGCCCUGGAUACCUGUCGGUCACUACCAGGUUUGACUCGGUUCAGCGCGAGCCGCGGCCGCCGUUGGAUGAGCGGACUGAAUGUGGAUUUAACUACCGCUUCGCUCCGCAGGCCGCGCCGCCAUUGCUGCCGUUUUUACAAGCUGAAUUCGUGAAAAUACCGAGGGUCUGUACAGCUUCAAGAUGAAGAAGAAAAGUCGACAUCACCGACCUGCGGCGCUGAAGAGGGAUUCGUCUCCCAUCAAGCCUUCGCCCAACCGGGAGACUCUGACGUACGCACAGGCUCAGCGGAUAGUGGAGCUGGAGGUGGACGGCCGCGUGCACCGGCUCAGCAUCUACGACAAGCUGGAUGUCAUCACUGAUGACGACCCCACGGCGCAGGAGAUUAUGGAGUGCAACAGCAACAAGGAGAACAAUGAGAAGCCCCAGCAGGUCCUGGUGCGCUCUGUGCGCCUCAAAAACAACCAGCAGAAGAAGAAUGCGGCGCUCAUGGCCUCACACGGCAGCAGCGGCACACACGGCAGUACCGGCGGCCUGUUGGAGCCAAAGGUUAGAACGGUUGAAUACAACUUGCCGGUGGUGCCGAAGAGGCCGGUGGCAUAUUACAAAUACACAGAGAGGACGGCAGAGGAGCUGGACGAGGAAGUGGAGUACGACAUGGAUGAGGAGGACUACGCCUGGCUGGAGCUCAUCAAUGAGAAGAGGAAGAGCGAGGGCGUCAGCCAGGUGUCGCACAACUUGUUUGAGUUCCUCAUGGACCGCUUUGAGAAGGAGUCGUACUCAGCCACGCAGGGUCAGAGCGACCUGCAGUCAUUGGUGGACGAGGACGCCGUCUGUUGCAUCUGCAUGGAUGGAGACGGAGCCGACAGUAAUGUCAUCCUCUUCUGCGACUCUUGCAACAUCGCCGUGCAUCAGGAGUGCUACGGCGUGCCAUACAUCCCUGAGGGCCAAUGGCUAUGCCGCCACUGCCUGCAGUGUCCGUCGCGUCCCGCUCAGUGUGUCUUCUGCCCCAACAGAGGCGGAGCCCUGAAGAAGACUGACGAUGACCGCUGGGGGCAUGUAGCAUGUGCUCUGUGGGUGCCUGAGGUCGGCUUCUCUGACACGGUUUUCAUCGAGCCCAUUGACGGCGUCCGCAAUAUCCCACCUGCCCGCUGGAAGCUCACCUGCUAUUUGUGUAAAGAGAAGGGCGCAGGAGCGUGCAUCCAGUGUGACAAGAUCAACUGUUACACUGCCUUCCAUGUCAGCUGCGCCCAGAAGGCCGGCCUCUACAUGAAGAUGGAGCCCGUCAAAGAGGUGAUGGCGUCCGGCGCCACCACCUUCUCUGUGAAAAAGACCGCCUUCUGCUGCAGCCACACGCCUGAAGGCUGCGACCGCCGGCCGCUCAACAUCUACGAGGAGCCGCAUCCGAAAAACGGAGCCUGCCACAAGAGGGCCGAAAAGAGGGGGAAGUCCAGGGCCAAGGGCUGGCACAAGAAGAAGAGUAAGAGAGGCGAGCCCGAACCAGAACCAGAGCCUGAGACCCCCACCAACUCUGGACCCAGUAUCACCGCUUCAAGCUUUGACACCAUCCUGAACCAGGUGGCAGUUCAGAGGAAGCGUGCGUUCGUUGAGCGGGUGCUGAGCUACUGGGUGCAGAAGAGGCAGUCAAGGAAUAACGUGCCGCUGAUCCGCCGGUUGCAGGCCAACCCUCAGCCGCCCAAAGUCAAGCAAAAGGACCGCAUGGAGACGAACCAGGCGCUGAAGGAGCAGCUGAAGGAGUGGCACCGCCUCCGCCACGACCUGGAGCGAGCUCGCCUGCUCCUGGAGCUCAUCAGGAAGAGGGAGAAGCUGAAGAGAGAGGAGAUGAAGCUGCAGCAGUCGGUGCUGGAGGUCCAGCUGACCCCCUUCAACAUCCUGCUGAGAGCCGUGCUCAGUCAGCUGCAGGAGAAGGACCAGUACAGUAUCUUCGCUCAGCCCGUCUGCGUCAAAGAGGUUCCAGACUACCUGGACCACAUCAAGAACCCCAUGGACUUCUCCACCAUGAGGAAACGCAUCGACGCUCAUGACUACAGGAGCCUGGAGGAGUUCGAGGCAGACUUCAACCUCAUCAUCUUCAACUGCAUGAAGUACAACGCCAAGGACACGUUUUUCUACAGGGCAGGUCAGCGGAUGCAGGACCACGGAGGAGCCAUCCUCCGCAGGGCCCGAAGGGAGGCUGAGAGAAUUGGCUUUGACUUCCCCGGUGGGAUUCAUCUGCCCGAAGCCCCGAAACUGGAGCCGCCGCCGCCCUUCAGCUGGGAGGAAGUGGACCGGCUGCUGACCCCCACCUAUCGCCAGCUGACCCCACUGGAGGAUCAGCUGAAGGAGCUGCUGGAGAAGCUGGACCUGAGCACGGCCAUGAAGCACAGCCCGUCCCGCAGCAAGAGGCUCAAACUGCUCAAGAAGACCAUCAUGGAGGUUCGGAGCGAGAUUAGCCUGAAGAAGUCCCUCCAAACGCAGCCGCCUGUGGCGACUGAGCCCAGCCCGACCCCUGCAGAGUCAGAGGAGAUAGCACUACCUGAACCCCCAGCAGAGCCCUGCACACCACAGGAGGAGAAGCCUUUACCCCCACCAACGUUAGAGCUGUUAACCUCACUGACGCAGCUCGAAACCUCGCACAGCGACUCAGAGCCGCCCCCUCUGAAAGCCGUCAAAUCCAGCACGGACCAUACUCCCAUGGAGCUUGAUGGCGACACUGACACAUCUACCUCAGCGCCCACAGACGCACCCAACGGGCACCUCCCAGACCCCCUGCUCCCCAACGGCGACCUCCACACAGAAGCCUCUGGCACCUGCAACCGACGGAAUAGCGUCCUCUUCCGCAAGUCCAAGAGCACCAGCCCCCAGAAACCACUCAAGACCAAGACGCAAGAGGCACCGGCUGUGACGCUGCCGCCCCUUGGCACCAAAACCUUCCUGUCAGUGGUGAUUCCUCGACUGGAGACACUGCUCCUGCCGAAGAAGAGAAGACGCAGCAGCAGCGCUGACGGCGAGGAUGAUGAUGAGGAGUCGCCGAUAAAACGCCUCGGUACAGGAAUAGCGAACGGUUUUGUGGUGGAGGAGGAAGAAAUCUCACCUUCUCCCCGCCUGCUGGAGCCUCGCCGCCGCUGUGCCUCUGAGUCGAGCAUCUCCUCCAGUGGAAGCGUCCUCUGCAGCACGAGCACCGUCAUUGUGUCGAAAAGCGGUAAAGGACGGCUGCCGGCGGCUCGACGGAGCACCGUGGAUGACAAAAGCACUCUGAUGACCUGCAUCGAGAACGGAGAGUUCACCAAAGCUGCCAAGAUCUCUUCAGAGGUGUGGAAGCCCUCCGCUGCUUCUCCAUUUGUUCUGGAGCCUCUUAAACUAGUUUGGGCUAAAUGUAGUGGAUAUCCCUCCUACCCCGCCCUGAUCAUGGACCCCAAAGCGCGGAAGACGGGGUGUCAGCACAACGGGGUGGAGCUUCCCCAGCCGCCGCCGGACGUUCUCAGAGCCGGAGAGCGGAUGCAGUUCAGGUCCGCAGAGAAACUCUUCCUCGUCCACUUCUUCGACAGCAAGCGCAGCUGGCAAUGGCUUCCUAGAUCCAAGAUGGCUCCCUUCGGGGUCAACCAGACGCUUGACAAAAUCAAGCUGACGGAGGCUCGCUCCUCCUGCAUCCGAAAAGCUGUGCAGCUCGCCUUCGACCGAGCCAUGAUCCACCUGAACCGUGUGAGCGGCAAGCUGGAGCCGAGCGCCGGCCUCGCCGCCACGGACUGAACCUCCUCCUCCUUCUUCUCCUCUUCCUCCCACCACCUCUCCCAUCAUCCAUCUCUCCUCUUUCAGCUUUUUGUUUCGAACACCAUCAUCACAGCAGAGAUGCACAGUUUCUGCCUCAUACGCACAACAACAAACACACACGCUCAUUGUCAUGUUUACCAAUUCCUGCAAACUGGAACCGAAUCGUUUUCACGUCUCCCCGCACAUCUGCCCCCGCCCCCACCCCGUCCGAAUACUGUAGCUUGUGACGGCCAUCUAGUUUUGUCAAAGAGCUAUGCAACGAAGACGACUCGGUUAGCGGGUGCAAAAAGUUGAACGAGAAAAAAAACAAGUCAAACCUGGGCUGUGAGGACUGAAAAAUCACGGGUCUAAACCUGUUGAAUGUGUCAGAUUUGACCUCUGACCUCCUUAAAUGUGCUGCAAGACUGCUGCAACAAUCUCACUGCCAUGAAAAUGUCCAUCAGUGUGUGUGUGUGUGACUGCAGCAGCUCCUGUAAAUAUCCUGUACAAGGCCUGACACUAAUUUAUUCACUCCCUCAGUUUGUUUUGGUACAUUUGGUGUUCAGAUAUUUAUACAGUCGGAGGUGACGAUCCACUGACGGUGUCGGUGUUUCUGCUGGUGCUAUCUCUACACAGAGAAAAAAACAAACAUGCAUACUGUAAUGAACAUUUUGAUUUCAGCUCCUUUUUUUUACGGUUUUUGUAAGUUAUUGAGUUCUCAAGCUUCAAGUUCUCUCGUCUUUGGCAUUAACUUUUUGUGUGUGUUUGCAUCUUUUUUUUUUUUUUACCUGAAUGUUUUUACUGGACUACUUUUUUUUUUGUUUGUACAUAUUUAUAUAAAAUCUAUAUAGAUGCUCUCAAAGUUUAAAAUGCCUGAAGUGCAUCAUUCACACCGAAACCAAAAAAAUCUGCUGCCCACACGUUUCCCACUAAUGUGUUUGGUUUUUUUUACAGUUUGUUUUUCAGGUUUUCAGCCUUUUUGUUUGUGUGCUGUGAUGAGUUCAAAGUCUUCUGUCAAACGUCACAAAAUCAUCUUUUCCACCUGAACUGAACUACAGUCGGCUGUAGGAGAGAAGAGAAUGUGCCUGUACUAAUUUAUUGUAAAGCAGAAAAUGUAUAUGCAUUACUUUAUAGAGAGAGUAUUGUAAGAAAAAUACUACGGGCACACGAGGAGCCAGAUGUAGAGGCCCCUCCUCUUCCUUUGUUGUUACGUGAGUUUUUUUUUUUACUUUUUGGAUUGAUAGCAUUAAAUCUGAGAGGUGAGGUGAUAGUGUUUGAUGUUUUAUUUUGGCAGGGUAGCGAUGGGUAGACUUCCUGUUUUGUUUGGCCCUUGGAUGUGGAUGUUGUGUGUAAAUAGAUUUGGUACUUUAGCUGAUUCUCUGGGAAAAACCACAGUUAUAGCCAACGGGAGUGGAAACCAGCCGUCAGCAGGCCGGUGGGAUUUUUAUACUAAAACACUGAAAAAUUAAAAUAUGUUAUUGAAUCACUGA